CAGAACACACAGCAAAAACAGUUUGCAGUUGAGUCGAAUAUGGUCGGUUCCUCACUUCAUAAAUGUUAACCAAUUUAGUAAAAAGUAUUUUAAACGUCUAAGCAACGAUUACUUUUAUAAUUAAUAGUUAGUUUUUUCAAUCAUUAAUAUUCUUGGUUAUAACCCUAUUCUUACAAGUAAUCGUAAGCGAUCUGCCAUAUGUAUAUACAGUAAUAGUUGCUUGAAGCACUAUCUAUAAAUAUUACCUGAAUCGGAUAAGACACGUGAGCGCAUCGAAGGACCAAACAUAUUAAACUGCUUUUAUUUUGUGGUGCUGGGUAAUGGCUGAUUUGAGUGAUGAAACUAACACUUAUACACGAAAGCCGCUGCUAAGACAGCUCCUCAUCAGUACUGGACCAUGGAACUGCUAUUUUAUGUUCGGCCUCUGCGUUGGAUCACCGACCGUGAUGAUUCCGCAGAUACGAAAAGACAUCAAUUCCACUAUUGUCAUUAAUGAGGAUAUGGCUUCGUGGAUACCGGCCAUCCACAGCUACAGCGCUCUCCCGUGGGUUUUCAUAUUGCCAUCGUUGAUCAGGAUCUCCGGCCGCAAGAAGUCCUACAUCUUAGUUUGCAUCUUCGCCUGCAUCGGCUUCCUCACACACUACUGUAGUAAAACUAUCAUUCACGUAAUCAUAAGCGAAGUGUUAAAAGGAGUACUUACAGCUUCACAUUUCACAGUGUCCGUAGUCAUAGUAACUGAGUACACAUCUCCGAGAUACAGAGGGGUGUUCUUAACACUGAAAUCUGCUUCUUUCUUUUGGGGUAUUCUAGUAGCUAAUGCAAUAGGAACUUUUUUCCAUUGGCGAAACAUAGCGGUGCUUGGAAUAAUCUGUUCAGCAUACAAUUUAUUCACCGUUGUAGUAUGGCCAGAAUCUCCUCUUUGGUUAGCUGAUAAAGGAAGAUGCCACGACUGUAUAUCAGCACACAGAUGGUUGAAGGGUAGCGACCUUAUUUCAGAGAAAGAACUCAAAAGACUGACAAGCUUAUGUUCGGAAAUUAAACAAGAUAAAGGCAAGAUAAAUGUGAAAAAGAACUUUCUAGAUUUCUUUAAAAUGUUAAAUGAUCGAGAGUUCUACAAACCGGUUUUAUUUACGAUUUUGUUAAUCGGUUUAUACAUAUUCUCAGGUAAAUUAAUAUGUACAGUUUACUCGUUAGAGAUAUUAAAGAGAAUCACAAAUAACGAAAUCGUAGCUUACAAAGGAAUGCUGAUAUUGGAUACUGUAACCGUUCUAAGUGUCUACGUUGGCUGUUUUAUAACGAAAUUAUUUAAAAGACGUUCCGUAUUAUUAGCCACUUCUAGUGUGGCAGUAAUGUUUUUGUUUUCUAUUUCAUUAUAUUUAUAUUUAAUCAAAUUAAAAUUUAUAUUAGAUAGCGUUUAUAUAUCUAUUACAUUGUUAACUGGAUUUACGAUGGCCAUUUCAUCUGGCCCUAUGAUAUUGUCUCUAGCGAUUUCGGGAGAAUUGAUUUCGUUAAGAUUUCGUAGCUUUUCACUGUGCGUUACAGUUUUAAUAUUCAAAUCGUUGAAUGGUACAGUUAUGAAAUUUUCACCGUUUACGUUUCGUUAUUUUGGACUGCACGGCGUGUUCUUUAUUUACGGCUCAUUCUCGUUAACUUUCUUAUUUUUAUUGUACCUAUAUCUACCAGAAACUAAGGACAGAUCGCUGCAAGAAAUAGCCGAUUCGAUGAAUGAAAAAAAACGAAAUGUAGCCGAAGAGACAAAAAUGAUUACUAAUGUACUUAAUGAUGAAAAAAUAAUUACGUAGUGGACAUUUUUAAAAAUUAAAUUAAAUUAAAUUUUAUUUCACAUUGUGUAGUUUAAUAGUAAGCUCCAAUGGUGUUGUGUAGUUAAGAGUCCUGAAAUACAAGUAUUAUGAAGAUUUUUGAAGUUCUAAAUCAUUUCAAAUUUUUCUUUUUCCCAACAAUUCUGUUUGCAGUAUCAAUAAAUGUAUUUUGGUCACAUCAUUCUUAUCACUUUUUUUCUGUGAGAGUCAAAAGAAAACUGGUAGGGUAUGAAUAUUAAAAACCGCUAAACUUCAAAUAACAUAUAGAAAAGUAUAAUAUAGACUAUAUAAGAUAAUAACUUUGAUACGUUAUAAGUUUUCAGGAAUCACAAUCCCUAGAAUUCAUUUAGAUGAAGGCGCUAGAUGCCAGAAAUAUUUACAUACCAGAAAAAUAUACGCAUAAUCUGAAUGCUGACAGUUAAUAGACACCAACUCAGCAAAAUAAUGAAACACAUUUUUAUUUUUUUAUUUGGCUCACAAUACACAUCACAAGCUAAAAAGAUACAUAAAAAAACACAAGUAAAAAGAAACAAAAUCUGGCUUGCAAUAUGAGUUAUGUGCGCACGACAAAACAAGACAUAUAGUGCUGAAUUUGUACAACAAUAUUCCUGACAAUUACGACAAAACAACACGAUAACGAAAACUAAUCUAACGUAUAAUGUAAGGAAAAAUAUUCACAAUAUAAUACAUUAAACAAUUACAUUAACCUACCUAUUAAUAACGUGGAGGAUGCCCUUGAACAUUUUUCUAAACGUAACUAACCUACAAGUAAAAAUAUCCAACUCAUUCAACAUUGAAACAAGCUGUGAAAAUUUAACUAGACUACUACUUUAACUAUCUUAUAAUUAUUUUAAAAGUUCUUCGGUUGUCUCAUCGGUUAUAUUAUCUGUUUUGUUGGUUUGUUCUGUCUUUUUUACUUCUUGGAAGCAAUCAUCUAUUUCCAGCAAGCUUUUACCUUUAGUUUCAGGCAUAUAUUUAUAUAUGACUAUCAACAAAACAGAGGUGGUCAAGCCGAAAAACAGAAAAGCUCCAUGUAACCCGAAUUUUUCGAAGCUCGCCGGCGCCAACUUCAGUAAAGUUCCACUGACAAUUUUAUGUAAAAUCCCCACAGUGCCUAAGUAUAAGCUUCUAUUUUUAACAGGAACUAUUUCUCCAAACAACACCCCAGUCAUUAUAGCAGGUCCACAGCUGACCGCCAAAGAAAAUAUUGAUAAAAGAAAUAUACUCAGGGUAUUGUUUUCCGGUAAAAUUCCUUUCUUAAUUAAGUAAAGAUGAAAGGACAUUGCGAAUAAAAUGCAAUUUGAAAAUGAAGUGAAUAUUAAAAUCAUUGCGCGUCUUCUCAUGACUUUUGUUAGAAAACAAGUCAAAUAGACGCUUAUUACGGUAACUCCGUCUAGUAUUAGCAUUCCAGUGUAUGCCAUAGAUUUACUACUGGUUAUUUUCAUGAAAAUCACUAACGGAUACACUGUGCAUACCGUUUUCCCGGCGAAAACAUUAAUUAGCAUCAAAGUUAGGCAUAUAACCAUAGGCUUGUAAAAUUUUUUUUCUUUCAUCCUUUUAACAGCUUCCCACCAAUGAUCUUUAAUUUCAGGAUCUAUUGUCUCAUAUCGAAUUAGCCUGCUCAAUUCUUUUUCUUCUUCUGCACUUGUGCCUUUCAACCAUCGAUGGGAUUUGAUGCAUCGUUCUUUGAAGCCCCUACUGGCUAACCAAUAAGGAGAUUCAGUCCACGCUGCUAACGUUAUGAUAUUGUAAAUUGAACAGACAACACCACAGAGAGCAAUAUAUUUCCAGUGGAAAAAUGUUCCAAUAGCAUUAGCCAUCCAAACUCCCCAAUAAUAUGACGCCAGUUUCAUGGUCAGAAAGACACCCCGAUAUUUGGGCGAGGCGUACUCUGUGAUUAUAACUAUUGUGAGGGUCAGAUAGGCUGCGGCAACCACGCCUUGGAUGACUUCGCUGGUGAUGAUGUGGAUAACAGUUUCGCUGAAGUAGAAGACCAGGGACCCAAUGAAAGCAUUUACGGAGACUAUGAUGAAAGGGAUUCUUCUGCCGUAGACUCGUAUGAUGAUUGGGAGUAUCACUACCCAGGGUACACCGACGUAACAUGUGAUGGAUGCUGUAUAAAUAAAUAAAAUCAUCAAUAUUGAAAUCUGGAUUUAUAUUUAUAAUAGUAGACAUAAUUUUACAUUUUAUUUAAGUUUAUUAACUGUUACUAGUAUAAAUACAGAUUAGAAAGAGUGAUUCCACCUUAAUCAGUGAUCAUAUAUAUUAAAUACUUAAACCUCAAUAAACUACAAUGCACAUUGAGGCAUUAACCUUCAGCUACUCUUAAUCGAUAGAAAAAUGGAUUCAAAUAAAUAAAAAAUAAAGCCUGGAAAGAAAAUACGUGGUUCUACGGGGUAACGAAUCUCAACCUCUGACUUACGUAUCCAGGACGCCAUUUCUUCAUCAAUGAUCUCCAUGUUAUUGGUCUCAUUCCUCAUCUGGGGUAUGAAGACAGCUGGGGCUCCGGAGAACAAGCCAAUGAUGAAAUAGCAUGUCCAAGCUCCACUGCAGAUUAUCAGCUGGAGAAGAGAAAUGUUCUUUUACAGUUUUACCAAUUCCAGAUUAUCUGAUGCCCUUAAACAGCCUUACCACCUCUGCCUGAUUUAGCUGUUGGUGUGUGCUGUUACGGCAAUUGAAUUGGUUGAAAUUGAGGCUCAACGAUUGACGCCCAGAUUUUGAAUAAUCUCUGUUUUAGUCUUCACAUGAAACUCCAGUGAAUCGACUAAUUCACUGAUUUACUGGUGGUAGGAUCUCUUGUGAGUCCGCACGGGUAGGUACCACCACCCCGCCUAUUUCUGCCGUGAAGCAGUAAUGCGUUUCGGUUCGAAGGGCGGGGCAGCCGUUGUAACUAUUGAACUUAUAUCCCAGGGUGGAAAAAAAAAAAAAAAAGGUGGGUGGUUACGUAGUAGAUGUCUAUGGGCUCUAGUAACCACUUAACACCAGGUGGGCUGUGAGAUAGUCCACCGAUCGACCAUAUAAAAAAAAAAGUCAUAACCAUUCAUUUAUUGUAACCAAUAGUGAUUAGUACGGUAAUAGUGAAUAAAUAAAACUUGUUGAAUCUAUUGAA